GGGUGUUUAAUGUUUAUGAAGGCAACAGUUAACCUAUUUUCAUGUGUUCCGGAAAACGAGAACAAAACAGAGGAGGCAAAGGCCGGUGGGGAUACUACAGCGUCCACAGUUACGGCAGCGACAGAGAAAGCGCCAGAAAACGAUAAGAAAGAUGUAGCCGCUGGUGUUAAAGAAAGCUCAGAAACUGAUGCAGUAACGGAGAAAAAAACCAGCACAGGUGCUGAUGACGAAGUUGACGAUAAGAAAGCGGAUAAGGCGGCUCCAACAACAGAGAAUGACGAUAAGAAUGCAAAAUCAGAAUCUGAAGCAGGUGAUAAAAAAGUAGACGAUAAAUCUUCAGCCGAUUCCGGUGACGAUAAAAAAUCCGUUCAAAAGGAUAAACUCACAACAAAUGAAGCUAAUGACACCAAGAAGGAUGACAAAGACGAUGUAACAGAUGGUGAAGAUAAGAAGACUGAUGGUAAGGAAAAAAAUGGCACAGCAACGGGUGGGGCUGACGGUGUCGCCACAGCGCCUGUUGCAGAUAAAAAGAAAGCCACCAAGGAACAAGGCAAAGAGAAGAACGAUAAGAAAGUUGAUAAAAAUAAGGAUGACAAGGAGGAGCAAGAGGAUGUGGCUGAUGAUAAUAAGGAAGUGGAUGAGGAAGAAGAAGGUGUAGCUCUAGCUGAAAUAGAUAGGAUUAAUGAUAAUAUAAAUAAGACGCGCGUCGAUGGAUUGCAAACAUUACACGAGUUUUGUUUCAAUACGAUUGGCAAAAAUAAUGUUGUAAAAAAGAAUUUACGCUCUUUUGCCGGUUUCGAGUUUGAGAAAGACUCCAGCGAUUAUAAGGAAAAAUUAGAUGCCAUUAAGAAAACCGAUGCUAAGGCACUUAAGGGUAUUUGUGAUAUAUUAGCAUUGGAACGCAAAGGCACCAAAGAAGAGAUUGCAAAUCGUGUGCUCAAAUUUCUUAUGGAACCAGAUGAAUCAUUAUGUGUUGAUGAAGCUGCUGAGGAAGAGGAAGAAGAUAUGGAAGACGAUGAAGAGGCAGCAGAAGAGGAAGAGGAGGAGGAGGUGAGCGCUGAAGAAGAACGUAAACGUAAGCCAAGUGGCCGCGCACCUGCACGAAAUUCAACAAGUGGUCGCCCAAGGCGUGCAACAGCAGGCAAAAAAAUGUCUGCGUAUGUUGACUUCUCCAGCUCAGAUGAAAGCGAACGUAAUACAGCGCCGCCUAAGCGAAAACGUCAGGAUGACUCCGAGUCAGGCUCAGAUUUUGCCAAUUAUGCUAUCUCAAAUCAGGUGCCGAAACGUAAACGCCCUGCACCUGGCAAACGUGGCCGACCUGCUGCUGCUACCGCUGCCAAUAAACGCGGUACACGUGGUCGCGGCGCCAAAGCGACUAAAUCGCGCAAACGCAAAGAAUCUGAAAGUGAGGAUGAAAUGUCUGAGGAUGAGGAGGAAGAAGAGGAGUUGUCCGACUUUGGCAGUGAUCAGAGUGAGGAGGAAGAGGAGUCAAAGAAAUUCAAGAAACCAUCAGCGCCUGUGAAAAACGCUAAAUCUAAUAAUAAAGCUAAAACGCCAGCUAAACCUGCUGGGCGACCGAAGAAAGCAAGCAAAAAGGAGGAAGAAGAAGAGUCAGACGAUGAGGAUGAGCCGUUAAACAAAAAGGGCAAGGCGGCAUUCCCCACGGAUGAGCAAAUACGCAAUUAUGUUAAAGAGAUCUUAGACAAAGCCAAUCUCGAGGAGAUCACAAUGAAAACGGUGUGCAAGCAAGUGUACGCAAAAUAUCCAGAUUUCGAUUUAACAGAUAAAAAAGAUUUCAUAAAAGCCACAGUUAAGGCGCUAAUUGCGGCAUAAAUUAAA